AUGGCUGGAUCCCGCCGCGCCGGGAAGCUCCCGCGGCCGCCGACUCGCCGCUCACCGCCCGCUCAUGGGAGCCGGGGCCGCUGCGCGCUCGGGGCUCCUCCCUCGGCCGCUGUGUCCGUUGGUCCCUGCGCCGGUCGGUCGGUCGGUCCCUCCCCGGCCGCGGGCGGGGCGGCCGCCAGGUGCCCCCCCCCCCGGGCUGACACUCGCGCACUGGCGCGGCCGGAAGUAAACACACCGCGCUGGCCAACCCGGAAGCGGUCCCGCGCCGCCCACCGCCCCGCCGCGCGGGGCACGCCGGGAGGUGUAGUCCGGGCGCGGCACUCCUGUGGGCUCCCCGGGCCGGGGUCCCCCGGCAUCACCCAGCCCCCUCUGCGGGAGCUUCGCUGCCCGCACCUCAGUGCUCUGUUCUCGCUAAGGCACGCGGUAUCGGAGCCUCUGAGGCAGCGCUGGCAAGACACUGGAAACCACAGAAGUCCCUCUGGCAGACCGAGCCUUUCACAUUCAUCCCAGUUCAGUCAGGCCCCUCCGUGAGCAGCUCUGAAGAGCAGAGGAUGUGCCAACCCCAGAGCAGUGCCCAGUGGUUGUCCUGCAACUCUCCUUCCAAGCCCUCUAUAAAAUGCAUUGCAGGGAUUAUUUAUUUGGCAACAGCAAGCCUGGAAGGCUGCGGGGCUCCUUUGUGCUAAGCUCUAUGCAUAUGGACAAAGAAAGGACGCUCCCUGUUCAGGGCUUGCAGGCCCUGUAGGACAUGAAUAUAAGGUGCUUAACAAGGCUGGUCCCCAGCAUACAGAUGUGGUAGGAAGCGCAGAGGAUCUGGGAGGUUUAUAAUGCUUGACAUUGCAGGGUUUUGCAUUGACUCUUCCCUGGAUUACUGUUCCACAGCUUACUUGUGUCUAACAGGAUUUAAAAUGUGAGAUUAUUGACAGUCAGUCUGGGCAGAACAUGUGCCCCUGUGGGCUUGUGGGACCUGGACUGUAGGGCUUUUGGCCUGUGGCACAUAGCAAGAAAUUCACUUGCUGCAUUCACUUGCUGCUCUCCUCCUUGUUCUGCUACCCAUAUGCCCAUGCCUGGCUGGAGUAACAGGAAUCCAAAAAGGUGCAUUUCCUGCUCCUCCUGGCCUCCAGGCAUAGUGUGCCUUUUUUACCAGAUGUUCCUCAGCAGCACCAGUGUUUUUCAGAAACUGAUGGGAGGCUGGAGGGGAAUCCCAUGCAGCCCAGAGUGCAGGAGUUGGGGUGGACAAACAUCUCACAUGGGGAUUUGGCAGUCAUGUAAAGCUCUGCAGGGCUCAGUAUAAAAGCCAAAGUACAAGAUAGUGUGGACUUGAGGGCUGUCCCUGUGUCAGAAGGCUCUGUUAUGUCCCAUAACCCCUGAAGAAAGACACAGCAGUCCCAAAAGUGACUCAUCACUGGCUGAGAGCUGCCUUGAAAUAGCAAAUGUGAACAUUUACUUCCUUCAUUUUGUCCCACAGUUCUCAUUAGUAGAUCUGUGCAAAACAGGACGUUUGAUAGCCGUCCAGACAACAGCUGUGUUAUCUACCUGAUAUUCAUGUUCCCUUUUAGUCGCUUGUUCUGCCUGUCUGAUAAUAAAGUGGUACCGAAGAGGGUGAGUGGCUAUGA